CGUCGACGCCAGUCCAACCAUGGUGGCUGCUGCGCCUGCAUCGAACCCGCACGUCCGCACGGCGGGCGAUUUCACGUACGAAGUGUACGACAUCGACUUUUCAAUGCACCGCGAGCAUCGCGACAAGCUCGUGCGUCGCAUGGCCGCGCUGCCGUCGCUCGCGCCGUCGUCGUUUGCUGUCCUCCACGGCGGGUCCGAAGUCAGCGAGUACGACCAGGACACGAUGGUGCCGUUCCAACAAGAAAGCAUGUUCCAGUACCUGUUUGGGGUGAAAGAGCCCGACUGCGCCGGCGCGAUUGAUUUGACCACAGGUCGGGCCAUCCUGUUUGUUCCGCGGCUGUCGGCCGAGUGGGCGAUUUGGUGCGGCGACCGCAAGCCGCUCGAUUGGUUUCGCUCGCACUACGGCGUCGACGACGUGUUGUAUGCCGACGACAUGGCGGCGGCGCUCGACGCCCGCGGCGCCAAGACUUUGUUCGUGCUGCGCGGCGUAAACCUGGACAGCGGCCGGACGACGACAACGACGUCGACGUUCGCUGGCAUGGACAAGUUUGUUGUCGACACGGCGGCGCUGCACCACGAACUGGUCGAAUGCCGCGUGAUCAAGACCGAGAAGGAGCUCCACUUGCUUCGCUGGAUCAACAAGCUGACGUGCGAAGCGCACGUCCAAGUCAUGCGCACGAUCGUGCCGGGCAUGAUGGAGUACCAUGCCGAAGCAACGUUCCUACACACGUGCCACAGCAAGGGCGGCGCCCGCUUCCAAGCCUUCACGUGCAUUUGCGGCAGUGGCCACAAUGCUGCUGCCCUCCAUUACGGCCACGCCGGAGCGCCCAACGACAGCGUGCUGGCCAACGGCGACAUUUUCCUCAACGACAUGGGGUCGUCCUACCACGGCUACGUGUCAGACAUUACGUGCACGUUUCCCGUCAACGGCAUGUUUACGGCAGACCAGGCGUUCAUUUACAAUGGUGUGCUCGACGCUCACAAUGCUGUCCUGGCCGCCAUCAAGCCGGGCGUGUUGUUUACGGAUCUCCACAUCCUUUCCCACCGCAUCCUGACGGCCCAUCUCUUGGCCGGCGGGCUGCUGCAAAAUGGCACGGUCGACGAGUUGAUGGCGGCUGAAAUCACCGCGUUCUUUUACCCGUGUGGACUCGGCCACAUGAUGGGCCUCGAUCUGCACGAUGUCGGCGGGUACCUCCCUGGGACCGGCCGCACCGACACGCGCAUGCUCCGAAAGCUCCGCUGCGGCCGCGUGCUCGAGACAAACAUGGUGGUCACGGUGGAACCUGGUUGCUACUUCAUCGAAGGCCAAAUGGACGAAUUGCUGACCAACCCAGACACGGCCAAGUACGUCAACGAGCACGUGCUGCGUCGAUUCCGCGGCUUUGGCGGCGUGCGUGUCGAGUCCGACGUGAUCGUGACCGAAACCGGCGUUGAAAACAUGUCCCUUGGGGUCCCCCGCACGAUCCAAGACAUCGAGCGCGUCAUGGCGUCAGCCAAGUAACCCGAUCGUCGCUACCGUCCUCCAUGACUACAUAGUUGGUUCUAAUUGCAUAUGUGAUAUGGCGUGUGUUUCGUUUGGA